UGGGUUCUUGCAGUUGAGCACGUUUUGUAACCACUGUAGCCGAGGCGUUGACAGUUUUUUGGUCAUAGGCUCUCUUUCAGCAGUGGAUUGCUAUAAUUAAAAAACUACCGUGGCAUUUAGCCAAGUCAUUGGCCAGAAGCGUAGUGAAAAUAGGUGCGGCUGGGGGGCGAGCAGGAGGGGGCCAAUUGGAUACAACUAUUAAAGUAUUAAGCGCAGUGUAGAAAACUGACGCUCACUUGAAGGUAGCGGCGUCCGGAUGCGCCGCAGCUUGGGCGCACAGGUAAGGCACACGACAUGCAGGUGGCUUGGCUGGCUGCGCUCAGUGGCUCAGCCGAUUGGAGCUUGGAGCGGCGUGAGUAACAAGCCCUGCGACUCGACGAUUGUCGCUCGGUGCGGCCCAAAGCCGCAAACGCGUGCACAGUCGAUAAAGCACACUCGAAUCGAACGUAAGCAGCGAGCGCUGGCCACGAUCGUGAUCGCGACGACGACGACGACGACGACGACGAAGAAGGCGACGGUGACGGCACUUUGAUUGCAAUUUUCAUUCAUAUCCAUUCAUGCGAACAUAUUGCGACUGCUUCUUGGCGCUGGUCUCUGUGCCUCGGCCGUUGUUUAUGAAAGCUCCGGCGGCACUUUCUUCUUUCAUUGUGCGCUCGAUCCUUUUGGCUGGCAAACAAACGCGUGGCAGCUUUCAUUUUCGAUCGAUAGCGAACCGGUUCGGGCUAAACGGUUAGCAUUACUUAAUCCAGCUUUCAUGCAAUCGCCAUCCUGCCAGCAUGAGAUCGUUGCGCCUGGGCCUGGAUUUCGUCAUGCUGGCAUUGCUGCUGCGCCAGGUGCUGGCCACCAUACGCCAUUCGCGCGAAAUUAUUAUCACAGACGCGGUGCGUCGCAUACAGCACGACGGCUACAAUGUGGAGCAGCAUACGGUGAUAACGAAGGAUGGCUACGUGCUGACUCUGCAUCGCAUACCCCAAGUCCAGCUGGAUGCAAAUGGAACGUUUUACACAGUGCUCCGACGCCCUGUAGUAUUUUUGCUCUCCGGCCUCUAUGCCUCGUCGGAUGUGUGGCUGCUCAACGGACGGGAGGACUCGCUGGCAUAUUUACUCUGGCGCGCGGGCUACGAUGUGUGGCUGGGCAAUAAUCGCGGCAACAUCUAUUGCCGCCACAAUCUAUGGCUUAACACGACAGAUCGCGAGUUUUGGAACUUCAGCUGGCAUGAGAUGAGCGUCUACGAUAUGCCUGCUCAGAUUGACCGUGUGCUACGCACAAGCGGGGUAUCCCAGAUGCAUUUCGUGGGUAUCUCCCAGGGUGGAACAGUGUUUCUGGUGCUCAACUCAAUGCUGCCGCAGUACAAUGCAGUCUUCAAGACGGCCACACUACUGGCGCCAGUUGCCUACGUGGACAAUACGCAAAGUGGCUUGGCAAAAAUCAUUGGACCGAUCUUGGGCACACGCAACUAUGUCUCCAAGAUGCUCGAGGGCAUUGAGAUGUUCUCAACGAACAAGUUCUUUAAGAAGUUUCUGUCGAUGACAUGCUUGGAUAACGAGAAGCCUUUGGUGUGCAUCACCCGACUCUGGCCAGCGGUUGGCUAUGAUACGCGCUUUCUAAACAAGACCCUGCUGCCGGAUUUGAUGGCCAACUUUCCGGCGGGUGGUUCCGUAAAGCAGCUGAUGCACUACUUUCAGGGCUACGUAUCCACCAAAUUUCGACAGUACGACUAUGGCCCGGAACUCAACUGGCUGCACUAUCAGCAGCUGGAGCCGCCGGAGUAUGCACUGGAAAUGGUGAAGACACCGGUAACAAUUUUCUUUGCGGAAAACGAUUAUAUUGUAGCGCCCGCGGACAUCUGGCGUCUGGUCAAGCGUUUGCCUAACGUCGAGGCUGUCUAUAAGGUACCCUGGAAGCGCUGGAAUCACUUUGAUUUCAUAUGCGGUCUGGGCGUGCGCGAAUACAUCUUCGAUAAUAUUGUGCUCUCCAUGAAUCGAUACGAGCAGCGCCGUCGACGCUGAACGAAAUGAAAUUUCUUAUGCCACAAGAAUAUGAUAUGAUUCUAAAAGGGUUUUUUCUGCAGAUUUCAAUUUCAAUUUCGAUUCAGACUUCGUCUUAAUAUCAUAUCAAAUAACUCUGGCAAAAUCGCGGUUGUACAGUGUUAUUUGCCAGGGACCUUGAACCACAACUUCUACUAGUGCCAAAUAAUUAGCUAAGUAUAUAUAAUGAGUCCACGGUUGAUUCUUCCUAAGA